AGGAGCAGGAAAUGAGCUGACAUGUCUAGCAGCAGCACAGGGGCCUCGCUGGCCUUCGGGCAGGCGGUGAUCGGGCCGCCGGGCUCGGGGAAGACGACCUACUGCCAUGGCAUGCAGCAGUUCCUGGCCAGGAUCGGGCGCCGCGUGGCCAUCGUCAACCUGGACCCCGCCAACGAGGUGACGCCCUACGAGUGUGCCGUGGACAUUGCCGAGCUCGUCACGCUGCCCGACGUGAUGGAGAACUUGAAGCUGGGACCCAACGGCGGCUUGAUCUACUGCAUGGAGUACCUGGAGGCCAACUUUGACUGGCUGCAGGAGAAGCUGGCCGCCCUCCGCGGUCACUACUUCUUGUUUGACUGCCCGGGGCAGGUGGAGCUCUACACGCACCACAGCGCCCUGAAAAACGUCUUUGCACAGUUGGCCAAGUGGGACUUCAGGCUGGCUGCAGUUCACUUGGUGGAUUCUCACUACUGCACUGAUCCUGGCAAGUUCAUCUCUGUCCUCUGCACCUCGCUCUCCACCAUGCUGCAUGUGGAGCUGCCCCACAUUAAUGUCCUCUCCAAGAUGGACCUGAUUGAACAAUACGGCAAGCUGGCCUUCAACCUGGAUUAUUACACAGAAGUCCUGGACCUCUCCUACUUGGUUGAUCAUUUAGCUUCUGACCCCUUCUUUAAAAACUACCGCCGCCUCAAUGAGAAGCUGGUGGAGGUGAUUGAAGACUACAGCCUUGUGUCCUUCGUUCCACUAAAUGUCCAGGACAAGGAGAGCAUGCGGCAGGUGAUGCAGGCGGUGGACAAAGCCAACGGCUAUUCCUUUGGAGACCAGGAGCACAGGAGCCUUGAGGCUCUGAUGUCGGCAGCAAUGGGAGCUGAUUUCCACUUCACUUCCACGCUCGCGGUGCAGGAGAAGUAUGUGCGCUCUCAGGACAAGGCCGUGGAAGAAGAAGUGAUGGACAUGUAGCACGCAUGUCUCUCCCGCAGCCAGUCGCUGUUCUAAGAGCUCUC